AUGGCCAAGACUGUCGCAUUCCUUGGCGCAAGCACUGGCGUGGGCCUGUCAGCGCUGAAGCACACGCUCGCUGCGGGCCACCAAGCCGUCGCUCUUUGCCGAACGCCCUCCAAACUCUCGGUCAUCCUCCCCGCAGAGUCAAAUCCCAACCUGCGAAUCGUUGAGGGAAACGCUCACGACAUUGAUGCCGUCUGCCAGAUUCUCAAGAAGGAGGAUGGCGGUCUAGUUGAUGAGAUUGUCUCCACCAUUGGCGGCAAGCCGGUGUUGAGCAAGUUGUCCAUUGACGAUCCGAAUGUUUGUCGUAAGGGCAUGGCUGUGUUACUCGACGCUCUGGCUCAGCUGCGAUCGCAAGGUGCUACAGGAAGACCCUUGGUCGUGGUCUUCAGCACCACAGGCAUGUCGCGUUUCGGUCGCGACAUUCCCAUCCUAAUGAUCCCGCUAUACCACGUCCUCCUCAAGGUUCCUCACGAAGACAAGAGGAUCAUGGAAGAUAAGCUGGCUGAAAGUGGCGAGGACUUUGUCAUUGUACGGGCGAGUUUGUUAGUCGACGGCGAAACGGAGAAAGCUAUCCGUGUCGGCAUUGAGGACCCAAAGACGGGACGCGAGUCUGACGCGAUCGGCUACACCAUCUCCAGGGAGGAUUCCGGGAAGUGGAUUGCAGAGAAUUUGUUGUUGAAGAGGGAAGUCAAGUAUCUGGGCAAAAUUGCAACCAUUACAAACUGA